UUACAUACAAUUUGCUAAUUGAGUUGAAUCUUGCUGUCGUGAUCCUGAUACUAGAGGAGAUUGGUUUCCACUGCAUGAGAGCCUUUGGUGCAGUUGGGGACAUCAUAACAGCCACUCCAAAACUCAGUGUGCUCGUGUUUGUCGUCUGGGUGACAAUAUCGGAGUAGAUUAUCGACUCUCCAGUUAAGAGUUUGGAGAGUCCACUUCCAUUCCAUCUGCUUUCUCAGAUUCCUAGCACUUAUAUGCCAUACUUCCUUAUCUCUUUUGCAAUCUGGGCAGCAUUGCUAGGUUCAUACAUGGUGCGGACUUCCGUGUCCCCAUCCUUACUUUCGCUUUCAUCAAGAGAAGACAUAUCGGCUGACUGGCUUCCUAUAGGCGUUCACCAGCCGGCGUUAUUUCUUCCCUCCGAUUCCAGAUAUUUCGAUUCAAUGAAUCUCACACGAGAAGUUGAUUUUGGACCUAUUCGUGGUAGAGGUCUUGUUGCCGCGCAGUGUAUAUAUCCUGAAGAUAUUCUUUUCUCUGAAGAGCCUUUAGUUUGUUGUCAGUUUUCAUGGAAUAAACUGUACGGGUAUAGAGCAUGUGAUCAUUGUUUAUGUCCACUUGAAACAUCAGAAGAAAAUGCUAGACGGCUUACUAAUAAUCCAAAUCUCAUUUUACCUUAUCCUGAAGCAGGAUUUCAAUGUAAUCAAAUUGUUCACUGUCCAAAGUGUCUAGUGAAUUAUUGUUCCCCUAUGUGUUUUGAAUCAGCCGUUCAAUCUUAUCACUCUGUAAUGUGUAUAGGGACCAAUGAAGAAAGAGGUGAUGAGAAUCCAAUUGAGAAGCUUGAUUUGGUCUGGAGAGAAUCUCAUUAUCCCCCAGAAAGUGGUACAAUCUUCUUACUUGUUCGUGUUGUUGCUGCUUGUCUUUCUGCUUGUAUUCUUGGAUCAUCACAUUCAUUGCAUAUUGUUGAAGCAUUGAAAACAUUUGUCUCAAGUACAAGCGCAAUAACUAAUCAGGGUGAAAGUGAUAUUCUUUACCAUCAAAUACUUGGUGAACAGUUUGUUACGCGUAUUGAACAAAUUCAUAGUGUAUUUGUUGAAGUGCUUAUGUUUCUAUGUAAAAAGUCUAACAAUACCACUUCAUAUGAUGGAUGCAUUGAAGUACUACAGAAAGCUGGAUUAGAUGGAUUACUAGAGAAGAAUCACUUUACAACUGCUCUCUGCCUCAUUAGUCGUAAUGGUCAAGGUAUCGCUACAAGUGCUUUCAGUGUUUGGGCGAAUCAGGCCGGGAAGAUAGUGAAUUCUGUGAAUGGACAAACAUCUACUGAAUUCAGUCUCGUUCUAGAUCAACUAUAUGAGGCGAUGGAUAAGCAUGUUGGCCCAUUCUUGGAUAAUGAAGGAGUUGGCCUUUAUUACUAUCAAAGUCGUAUUAAUCAUAGUUGUUCACCGAAUGCAGUGAUCCGUUUCAGUGGAGUAAAUAGUCAACUAUCUGUUGUAGCGUUGACAUCGAUUAAUGAAGGUGAAGAGAUCACUAUAUCAUAUUUAGACCAGUGUUUGCAAUCUCGUGGUCGUCAUACAAGACGUAAAUACUUAUCAGCAAAUUAUUUAUUCUGGUGUGAUUGUCCAAAAUGUGAAACAGACAAAAUGAAUGGUGCUUUGAGUGUAACAUCUUCUGAAGGUGAAUGUGAAGAUGAGGAGGAGGAGAAGAAUGGUUGUGAUAAUGAUGAUGAUGAUGA